UGUUACGUUCAAUAUAUCAGUUUCGUUAGUACUAACAUUUCUUUUCUACCUUUUAGUGAUACAUCAAUAUAGAGAAGAAUGAAUAUGGAAGAAGACCGAUCAAACUCUGAAGAUUUUGAUGAUGACUACGAAUAUGACUUUAUUCCUAUGACACCAGCAUUUGAAAUAACAUCCGCCAUUUUACUUGCAGUCCUUAUUAUAUUUGCUAUAAGCGGAAAUACUAUAACAAUUCUCGCUUACAUCACAGAUAAAAGACUUCAUACAGUCUACGACUUUUUUAUAUUCAAUUUAGCGGUCACAGACCUUUUAAUAGGAUGCAUAAGCAUGCCGUUUUAUGCCAUUUAUACAAUCAGAGAGUUCGUGUGGGACUUUGGUGACACGUUUUGUAAAGUUUGGAAUGUAAUAGAUUUCACCCUAUGUUUAGAAUCGAUCUUACUGAUUUUAACGCUUAGUUUUGAUAGACUAUGUCUUGUUAAAUAUGGGCCAUUUUAUUCUUCGAAGGUGACAAAGUUUAAGGCGAGGCUGAUUGUUUUUAUUUCUUGGAUAACGUCGUUCAUGUUGUAUGGUCCUGCUAUCAUAGGCUGGAACUAUUGGGUCGGUUAUACAACUGUUGAACCGCUAGACUGUGACGUAGAAUUUGCAUACAACUUUGCAUUUACAACGACGACAGGAAUAUUUGAGUUUGUUAUUCCAGUUUGUGGUCUGGCGAUUUUGAAUAUUAUCAUUUACCAACAUAUUAGGAGCAGAGUAGGUCAUGAAAACAAAACAAAAAACAACCUUGUUCAUUCCUCUACAGUUCCAAGGGAUAAUAGCAACGUAGUAAGAGAAGUAGCCGUGCAAGAAACAUUGCCUCAAACUGUAAAGAAUAGAAAGACGCAACGCUUGGAUUUCAGUUCGAGCCGUGACCAAAACGAUAAAACAAAUCACUGUAGCAUUGAAUAUGGUGUAAAUGAAACUUUCACAAAAACGGAUUAUCUUCAUAGCAUAACAUCCAAAGCUCAAGAAGAAAAGGAUUCAAAGGACUCAGAUUAUAAACUGAAUCUCCAGUCAUCACAGGAAAAACACAAAGAAGAACGAAUAUUUGUAAAUGCAAACGGCGGACGAGAUAAAAUCUACACGAAUGACCAAACACGUGGUAUAGCAAUUGCGGCUAUAUCUAAACAAGAGAACAAAUACGAAAAUGAAACUAGUCAUAUAAACCAAGUAGGCGCUGAUAAUUUUAAAAGAAAAUUGAACGAUAUUAAUAGAAGUACAGGAAACUCUACACAUUACCUUGAUGAUAUGUUAACUGUUGAUAGAACAAACAAUAGAAUUAAAUUUGCAAACAUUCCUGAGCGUUGGUCCGUCUUUAAUAUUUCAGUGACCUUCAAAAAACGUACCAGUCGAAAGUCAAGAAAUAGGUACGAACAUUCGCGAAUAAAACGCGAGUCAAAGGCUGCGAGAUUUCUGGCCAUUUUGGUCAUAGUUUUUCUUGCAUGUUGGGCGCCUUAUACUCUAACAACAAUCAUAGUAUCAUUUUGCGGUGAUAAAUGUGUUAACACAAGUGCAUAUGAAUGUAUGAACUGGUUGCUAUGGUCAAAAUCGGCGAUAAAUCCUUUACUGUACGCGAUGAAUAGUUCCAGGUACAGAUACAACUUCAAGAAAUACAUGCUCUGCUGGAAGAAUCAAGUGCAUCCCGGUAAUACAGAAACAACGUACCAAACAGCCGUCUAAGGGCAAUAAAUGUAUUUCAAUUUAUCACUAUAUUUGUAUUCAAUAAUAUAUGACAGGAUAAAUAAAGCCCGAUGUUGUCUUGUGAAUUUCAAUAAAUUUAACAAAACGCCCAACCGACACCAACAGAAUUUUAAAGUCCCUAACUGUUUACCAGUAUCCGUUUUGUGU